CUAAACGAAUUUAGCGUUUUGCUCAACAAUGACAAAUUGUCCGGUUCCACUUUUCCAAAUUAGAUAAAACUUUUUAACAAGCAAUUAGGAUUCAUAUUGUGCGAUGUUUGCAACGGGGAAGAUUAUAAUCAAUAGAACUGUUCUUGCGCAAGACCUCGUGCUGCGAGAUUUUGGCUUAAUGCCACCUAAUCGUUUUUGUUAAUCUCUUUAUAAGCAAGUAGGGCUUUUUGUUGAGAAAAUGUAGGGUCAAGAAACGAAAAAAUGUGUCUUAGGACGGUACAAGACGGGGAUGGCGUAGCAUGUCAAAAAUCCUGAAAUUCGUCAAAUAUGCGUUCAAGAAUCAUCCGAUUAUCACUAACUCGUUAGUGUAUGGGACGCUUUUCGUGGGGGCGGAGUUCUCCCAGCAGACGGUUUCGAAGAAGGUUCUGGCCGAAACACCAGCACCAUAUGACACGCCAACAAUCAGUAGAUACGCCUUAUAUGGGACGACAAUGCAGGGGCCAUUCUUAACUGUUUGGUAUAGAUGGCUAGACCGGAAAUUUGUAGGGACUUCCGCCAAAAUCGUAGUCCAAAAGCUGCUCCUGGACCAAUUUUUGAUGACGCCACAAAUACUGAUAGUUUUUUAUGUUGCGAUGAGUAUCAUGGAACGGAAAAAAGACAUCUUCGAGGAGUGUCGAGAGAAAAUCAUCCCCACGUUUAAGACUAGUUGCAUGUUUUGGCUACCGGCCCAGUCCAUCAACUUUAUGUUAAUUCCGCCUCCUUUUAGGGUAGUUUACGUUGGUACUUGUUCGUUUGCUUGGGUUAAUAUUUUAUGCUGGCUGAAGAGACAAGAAUAUUGACGAAAUCUUAGAUAGGUAUUAUUACCGAGAUCGAGGUCUACAUUUUAACGAAUAUCUUCGUCGAAGACAAUAUCACAAGUUUUGAAGAUUUCGGGUAAAAUGUGGAAGCUCGAUCGCUUUUAAUAAGUGACAGGAAAGGACAAUAAAGCCUUAUUUGUAUAGGUGUAUGUGAGUAUGAUACAAUGUUUGCAUUCUUAAUGGUACUAUUAACUUUUAAAAUCCUACCUUUACCUAUAAUGUGAUAUUUUCAACCGUACAUAUCAUGAAUGGUCCUCAUAAUUAUUACGUGAUGUGCUUCCACUGGCGAAGCUUUGUUAUUUCAGCUUAAUUCCUAACGAUAAUAAUUCAAAAAUCAGAUAGAUAAGGUAUAUAACGAUUUUCAGACUGUCGUUUUUUAACAAUGCAUGAAAACGUCAUGUUAAAAUAGAUUGUCUGGCGAUGUUUUUUAAGAAAAGAUAAAUUCCUUAUGUGCAGGAAUAGGCGUUUAAAUUUUUAUUACAUAAAUCAAUUUAGUCACACUAUAUUUGCUAGUAAUGAAACAUUUAUCUUAAUUAUUGUGUAUCACAGUGUAAUUUUUUAUUAAUAAAUUUAAACAAUACAAUGAGUGGGUUUCUGUUGUGAAAUUCUACAGUACAUAAAACUGGUAUCAGUCGUAGAAAAAGUAAAUCCCCCUACUUUCAAUCCGUGUGUUGCUUGUUGCAUAUAAAAGCAAGUUUAAAUAGAUGUGGUCUAACCGCAGUUUCGAAGCGAGUGGAUAUGGCUUCUUUCGUGUAUACGACGAUACUUUUGUUUUUAAUGUUGGGCUUGACAAUUGCAAGUCCCUUGGAUUAUUUGGUUGAAAAUCAAGUUCAAACUCUCUUAGCUCCAAGUCGGAUAAAACGAGCUCCUGUUGACGGCUGGCAAAUAAACGAAGACAGAGACAAGAACGGCAUUCUAAUAAGUAAAAAUUAUGUUCUCAAACAUAAUAGUAACAACUUCGAUGCGUCUGCUUUGUUUAAAGAAAGACCUGGUAAAGAGAAGGUGUACAGGAUAGGAGCCACGUUCAGAUUUUAAUUGUGUUAAUUUAUUGUGUUUCAUAAUUAAACAAAUAUACUCGUAUUUCAUUG